AAGAUAGAUAAAUUUUAUAGAAUAAGUCAUCAAAAGGUCCUUAAUAUUAGGUUAAAAUAUUAUAGAAAUAUGAGGAGAAUUAAUACUUUUGAUGAUUUAUUAGAAAGCUUUAAAGAAUUUGGAAUUUCAGAGAAUAUUUUAUAUUGUGAAAAUUCGAAUCCUAUUAGAAAUCCUUAUGAUAUUUUUCGUUUAUAUAUUGCACAUAGUCUUUCAAAAAUCACGGGUAUUUCGAAUAAAGAGAUUUAUCCUAUUUUAGAACAUGGAUCUAAGCUAGAAAAUGGAGAUUUGAUGUUACCAGUUGCUCGAUUACGUUUGGCGGAAAAUCCUGUAUCUUUAGCUAAAGAAUGGUCGGAAAAGUUUCCUCAAAGAAUUGUUUAUUCUAAGCAUCAAGGCGCCUUUAUUCAAUUUUUUUUUUGUCCGGAAUUUCUUACGCACUUAGUGAUUCCCUAUAUCCAUAGAGAUGGUGACAAGUAUGGAUAUAACGAAUCUGGAAAAGGGAAAAAAGUAGUUAUUGAUUUCGGGAGUCCGAAUAUUGCAAAACCAUUUCAUGCAGGUCAUUUGCGAAGUACGAUUAUUGGAGCGUUUGUAUCGAAUAUACAUGAGUUUUGUUCAUGGAAAGUUGUUCGAUUGAACUAUUUGGGAGAUUGGGGGAAACAAUUUGGUCUUUUAGCAAUAGGAUUUCAAUUGUAUGGGAAUGAAGAAGCAUUGGAAUCAGAUCCUAUUCAGCAUCUUUAUGAUGUUUAUGUAAAAGUAAAUUCAUUUGCCUCGAAAAAAGAUAAUCCAGAAGCGGAUGAUUUAAAUAAUAAAGCUCGUGAGUAUUUUAAGAGAAUGGAAGAAGGUGAUGAAACGGCCCUUAGUAUAUGGAGGCGUUUUCGGGAUCUUAGUAUUGAAAAGUAUAAAAUUACAUAUAAUCGUUUAAAUAUUUGUUACGAUGAAUAUGGAGGGGAAUCAAAAGUUUCUCCAGAGAGUAUUAAGAUGGUUAUUAAUUCUCUUAAAGAAAGAGGUCUUUUAACUAUAGAUGAUGGAGCUAUGUUUAUAGAUUUAUCAAAGUAUUCAAAAAAUCUUGGAAAAGCAAUGCUUCAAAAAAGAGAUGGGGCAAGUUUGUAUUUAACAAGAGAUAUUGGGGAGGCUAUUAAUCGUUAUGAAAAAUAUGAAUUCGAUAAAAUGAUUUAUGUUGUUUCUUCACAACAGGAUUUACAUCUUGCUCAACUUUUUAAAAUUUUAGAACUUCUUGAUUUACCAUGGGCUAAGUCAUGUAUACAUAUUAAUUAUGGUCUAGUUCUAGGAAUGAGUACUAGGAAGGGCACUGCUGUUUUUUUGGAUAAUAUUCUUGAAACAGCUAAAGAAAAUAUGCAUGAUGUAAUGAAAAAGAAUGAAAAAAAAUAUUCUCAAAUCGAAGAUCCUGAAUAUGUUUCAGAUGUAGUUGGAAUAUCUGCUAUUUUGAUACAAGAUAUGUCUUCCAAACGUAUAAAUAAUUAUUCUUUUGAAUGGCCACGUAUAUUAACAUUUGAGGGUGAUACUGGUCCAUAUUUGCAAUAUGCUCAUUCUAGGUUGGAAUCCGUAAUAAGACGUCAGAAUAUCUCUCUGGAAGAUAUUCAGAAAGCAAAGCUUGAUUUUUUAACAGAGCCAGCCGCAAUAGAUUUGAUCCGAUUACUAGCUCGAUAUCCUGAUGUCAUAAAUACUACAAUAAAAACAUUGGAGCCAUGCACCAUCAUUACUUAUCUUUUUAAACUUACACAUACUGUUAGCGGUUGUUAUGAUCUGCUCUGGGUUAUGAACCAAUCUCAAGAUGUAGCUAUGGCACGAUUAUCUCUUUUUCUUGCAUGUAAAAGAGUCCUUGGUAAUGGUAUGAGAUUACUUGGAUUAACUCCUCUUGAAAGAAUGUAAAUUAUUAAAAAUAUAUUAUUAUAAUCUUUUUCUAUAAUCA